AUGGUUCGUGUCUUGUUUCUCAUUUAUGCAGUCCCUGCUGUGCUGGUUUGCAACAGCGGUGGAGCUUUAUGCCAGCUGGGCUUUCAAAACGCCAUCCCAGCCUCACUCGAUCGAGAUGUGACUCUACCUCCGUUUCCAACAGUCAACGUGCACUUGGAUGAGGCGCCACCAUCGGACGAAAAGGAGACAGCUCUAGCUGCGGUUCUCAGGGAGCAGAAAACCGCGCAACAGCGAAUGAGAAGCGCUUUUGUAGCAAGAAGAAGGGCGUUCCAAGCCCUCAUGAGUGAUCAACAGGAGUCUGUCCAGUUCUUGAGAGACCUGGCAGAAGCAUCGUAG